CUCUUCCAUAGCUAGAAUUUCUAGAGAUCUCCCAAAAAACUUAAACUGAUGGUGAAGGUAACACAGAGAUUAGGCGGGUUGGUACUAAGAUUUGCGGCAUUUUGCGCUGCAUUAGGAGCUGUUAUCGCAAUGGUCACCAGCCGCGAAAGAUCUUCCUUCUUUGUCCUGUCCCUAGUGGCUAAGUAUAGCGAUCUGGCAGCGUUUAAGUACUUCGUGAUCGCAAACGCGAUUGUUAGCGUUUAUAGCUUUCUCGUUUUGUUUCUUCCGAAGGAGAGUUUGCUCUGGAAGUUCGUAGUUGUCUUGGACUUGAUGGUGACGAUGUUGUUGACGUCGAGCUUAUCAGCGGCGGUGGCGGUAGCACAAGUGGGGAAGAGAGGAAACGCAAACGCAGGAUGGUUACCAAUUUGCGGCCAAGUGCCAAGAUUCUGCGAUCAGAUAACCGGAGCUCUAAUCGCUGGUUUAGUCGCACUGAUUCUCUACGUGUUCUUGCUCAUCUUCUCUAUCCACUCCGUUGUCGACCCGUUUCUUCUCCGAAAAUCUUGAAUCAAAAAUAAUUAUAUGAGAUUCCCAGACCAAUACUCUCGUAUAAAUACAUAUAAAAAUUUCGUAGUGUUCACUUUUCUUUUUCACAUUGUCUUCGCUUUGAGAAUCAAAUUGUUUUUGUCAUUUUUGAUAUUAUUUCACAUCCUAAACCUCUUUCCAGAAAAUAUGCCAAAUGUUAGAACACUUGCAGAUUAUUGAAUUAAUAUUCUACCUUCUUGGUAUAAAUUGAAAAUGUGAAAUAUUUACACAAUUGCCGCAAUUUUAAUAUCGUACUAGGAUAGAAUCCGCGCUUGCAGAAUUUUUUUUUAUUGACAGAUUUAUUAACAUGUCUGUAUAUCUGCUAAUAUGUUUAGGUACGGGCGUUCAGUUCCGGUUCUCUUCCAUAUUAUAAUUUUCGGUUCAGGUUCGGUUGUGUUUUUUGUUUUCGGUUCAAAAAAUAUAAAAACUAUUUGGUUAUUCAUGAGUUUAGGUUUAGUUUGGUUUUCUUUAUUUUGGUUUUUGCUUUGGUUCAAAUAACAAUAAUGGUUACUAUUCAUAUGUUAGCAAAAAAAAUAUGUUAGCAAAUAUUUAGGUGGUGUUUUAUGUUUAUUUCUUUUUCAAUGUGUAAUAUUUAACAAACUUAUUUAAUUAUAUCCACAAAAUCGUUACCAAAACGGUAAAUCAUACAAUAAAUAAAUUAUUAUAAAAAAAUUCAAUGUGUAGCAAAAAUUUAAUAAAAUAUACAAUGUGAUCACUUUCAUGUAACACCCAACUACUUGAUAUUUUUGGAUCCAUCUUUAAUAAUUUUGUAAAGCUCAUUGUUGAUGUUAGUAUUAAAACCAAAAAGAAUCUAUUGAAGAAAGCUUUGUUACGUAUUUCUUUGAUUUAGUUUUUAUGAGAAAAUUAGGAAAUAUUCUUUAGUUAGGAUUUAGAAGUUGUCAUAUCGUUUAUUUGUAUCUUUUUGAUUUCAUAGUUCAAAUUGUUGUUAGGAUUUAGAAAGUUGGAUUUAAUAUCUUGUUAUAUAAAGCUUGGUUAUUCAAAGUUACUAAUUUACAUGAUCGCGACACAUAGCAAUUAUAUAUUUUAAAAUUGUGACAUGUGUUAAUCUAUUUCAUAAUUAAAAAAUAUAUACUAAGAUAUUAACAAAAAUAAAUUUUAUUAAAAAGUAAUUAUAAAUAUUAUUUGAUAGUAAUUUUUCUUUUUUUAAAUCCUAAUCAAAAAUAAUU